AUGAUGAGAUCAAUCAUUUCAAUCAUAUUGUUGAUUGCAGUUCUCUGCCAAAGCAGCUAUGCUGAGAUCAAUUGGAAACAGAAGGGCAUGACCUACACCAAUGGCAAAUACUGUCCAUACGUCAAGUUCAACGAGUCCAAGUCAGACCUGUCACUGUACAACCUCAGAGGCACUGGUGCCAACUACGUCUCCAUCGUCGUUACCAACUUCCAGGUGAACAUCAACACCACCGCCAUCUUCCCAACUGACAUCACUGCCACUGACGAGGAGCUCGUUCACGUCAUUAACUACGCUCACAAGAUCGGUCUGAAGGUCAUGCUCAAGCCUCACAUCGAUAUGACUGAGGACCCAGCUCACUGGAGAGGUGAGAUUGGUACUUACUACACCAACGAUCAAUGGGCUGAGUGGUUCGCCAACUACACACCAAUCCUCACUCACUACGCCAAGUUGGCUGAGGAGCUCCAUGUCGAGCAGUUCUCUCUUGGUUGUGAGCUCAUUGCCACUUCCCCAAGAGACGCAGAGUGGAGAGCUGUUGCCAAGUCAGUUAGAGAGGUCUACCACGGUGUUGUGACUUACGCCGCCAACCACGGAGGCGAGGAGACUAACAAGACAUGGUGGGACGUCGUCGACAUCAUUGGAGUUGAUGCAUACUAUCCCCUCGUGCCAGAGAACCCCAACGCCACCCUGGCCGACAUGGUGGAGUACUGGAAGAUCAUCAUGUACAAGGGUAUCAACAAUGGCGAGGAGGAGAUGUCCACCAGCUUGUACAACCUCACCGUCUUCUGGAAGAAGCCAAUGAUCUUCACCGAGCUUGGCUACUGCUCUGGCCAAUGUGUCACCGGUCCAGGCAUUAACCUCGGCCUACAAGACGAACAAUUCGAAUCCGUAUUCCAAGCCUUUGCUGACAUCCCCUGGUUUGAGGGUGUUCAUUGGUGGAACUGGGUCACUGAUCCAGCAUUUGGAGGUGAUGGAAACUGGUGUAUGUCUCCACAGUUCAAGCCAGUUGAGAUGCUCCUGCACUGGCAGUAUGGUUCGCUCUAUGAGCCAAUCCGUCCAAGCUACCCACCAGUCUGCCCAUGCAUUUUG